AUGGCCCGUCCACCACAAGAAUCGAAUGAUUUCGUCCGCCCAAAGAACUCACGUCUCAGAUCAGAUUCGGCCGACGAGUCGGUUUGGACAGAGGAUGAUUAUGCCAAGGCCAUCGACGAUUUUUCUGCUUUAGAUUCAGGUAGAGGCUAUAACUUUAGGAAUCUAGCCGAGUUUCUCGCUCCCAGGUAUCCUCCUCUACCUAAGCUGGUGUCUCGCUCUCACGGUGAUUUCAUUGCCGUCUAUGAGCUCUGUCAGCAGCCUUCUACUGGUUUGUGGUUUCAAAACACUCGCCAGCUUCAUUCGUGCGACGACCUGCGCCAUGGCAAGCUUUUUGGAAAUUCCGAGACAACAAAGUACAUAAUCUUCUUGAAGGGGUUUCCUUCACCAGAGUGGCUUCGCUGCAUCGGGUCCACGUACAACAUAGAUCCAGAGUAUUUCCGACGUUUCCUGGAAUUCGGACCCCCGAUUCGAUCUGCGAGAAGAACAUCAGCGUUUGCACUGCGUUCAUCUUCACCAAAGAUGUUGACCCUCAAUGUUACCACCGUACAGCUACUUGAGCCCAGCGCACGCCGGGACACAAGCUCAGAGCGUCAGCGAAAUGCGAACAAUGUGGGCAUGGAACAUUAUAUAAUGAGCUUACUGCGAGGGGAGGCUGCCACAAGUGACCCGGUAGUUCGAGAUUAUUGGACUGUAGAUGCGAAAAGUUUUGUUAUAGAGCAACGAAUAUCCAUCUACCUCCAGACAGACGAGGAACGGGGAGAUGGUUGGAACUUAUUUAUCUGGGUCGAUGCAAGUGAAGAUUUGUCUGAAAGCUUUAGUGGUCCUUGGAUAUUUGACGAAAACAUGAUGGGCACAAAGCGGCGACACGAAAGCCUUCGUACACAACCUAUCAUGAAAUAUAAACCUAUGCUAGCACUCAAAUCGCACAAGUUAGAUGAAAGUCGUCCUGGUCCUGGAUAUGAUCAGCCUACACGUCCUUCGAAGCAAAGUGCAAGCACUCUGCACAUAGACUACGGGCGAUCUUUGCGACCGAACCUGAUGGCUUGCGAUACGCUGUAUGCUUUGAGAGAGGUCUUUGAGCUCGUCGCACAAGCAGAGCUACAAUUUCUCUCAUUCUGUGCCGGUAUGCUCGACAAGUUCGAAGACACUCAUUAUUCUCAGGAGCCGGACUGCCUGCACAAUCUCAAAGGUCUGAAACAGUUACUCUAUAGACACCUACAUCAAAAUCAAGAGUCAUGCACUUCCCUCGAGAAUAUGCAGUCUCCAAAUUGGCCGCGAGCCUCCGAUGCUAAAAAUCAACAAAAGACGGAAGCCUCGACUCAAUAUCUUAAGGAUGACUUUGCGUACCUCUUGAAGAUGAACGAACAGCUAUACAAGCACUGCACGGAGGCGAUCGGAACCUUGAUGAACGAAAUCGUGAUCGCUGAGUCAAGGGAGGCUAUUAAUCAGACAGCGCGCAUGGCCAAGCUUACCUUUCUUGCUUUCAUUUUUGUCCCAUUAUCAUUCACAACGUCUUUCUUUGGAAUGAAUUUCCAGGAGCUUGGAGGUGGUCCAACCACGUUGAAUAUCUGGGUGUGGUUCUUAACGUGUGGCGAAGCCUUAAAGCCAAUGGACACAGAAUUCAGCACAAGCUUAUGA